AUCGCAUUAUGUUAUUUAUGAGGUAACAUUAACGUCUGUUUAAACUGAUAACAUAAAUUUUUCACUUUUGUAAUAAACGCCAAUGUAUAUAGCUUACAACAAGGAAGAUUUAGCUUUUUACAUGAAAUAUUUUACUAUUGUUCUUGAAAUAAAUUACAUGAUGUUCGUCUAAAAAAAUCUACAUAAAAGCGAGCUAGUUAUCUGUAAACGUAGUUAACUCAACCAUGUGUUACAAAUUGAUUCUAUUGUUUAUAUUCUUCGAAAUUACCGUGCUUUAUACGACAGCGGAAAAUGUUUAUCAUAAUGAAAUGCGAACAUUCCAAAAGAUUGAACCGAAUGAUGCAUCGUUUGUUCUGAUAAAUCCAAGACAAAUCCAAUAUGCGGAAGUAAUAAUAAAACAUUUCUUGACAAGAUUAGCUGGACCGAUCGUUCAACCAAUAACCCUAAAACUCUCAUCUUCUAAUGGAAGCGGUUUGCAUCAUACAAUUAGCGAGAUAAGCAAAAUUAUACGUGCGAAAAUUAUGGAUUUUGCGCGAGCUAUUGGGUUAAGUACAUCACUUCGUCAAUAUGAACAAACAUUGUGGAAUUCAACAAUCUCUAAAAAUUGGUUUAUCGAAAGUCUGAUCCAAGGAUCACUUCUAUUAAGUGAUUUAAUUGCACUAGGACAAGAGGCUCAAUUCGCAAUCGAUCAUUACUUCAAAACAUAUAAUAUAAUCUUAGAUACAGAUAAGAAAAUAUCACCACGCAAGAUAACAAAGGAUUUUAAAUUUUUUAGUACUAUAAACGAUGCUGCUAAAUUUAGUGAAAAAUUGUUCAAAUGCUUAUUGCCAAUAAGAGAUACAAAAAAUACAACAUUAUCUUUUAAUCUUCAUCGAAUCCUUGUAAAUUUAGCGAAAGAUUCACCCGAUAAUAGUGUGAAAUUGUUUAAAUCCAACUUAGAUCGAGCAUUCUUCCGUUUUGUACCAAAUAACAACACAACUAGUGAACAAUUACACAUAGUGCUAUGUCAUUCACUUAUUAAAAGAAUUAAUCAUUACGAUGAUUGUAUCAAAGAGUUGCAACACUUCGUAACUUGCGUAUCAUCAAAAAAUCAAGAAGAUUUGAACAAAGUAAUGUUUCAUCACAGACUUUUUGCCAAACCAUGGUCAACUGUUAUUGAAGAUUUAAGUGACUGCAAGAUUCAUAUUGACGAAGACGGUAGUACAAUCGUUCGCUGUAAAUUCUAUCGGAAAUUGCCGAAGACUACAACGCGACAAGUGAAGUACAUUUAUGAGAAUAUUUUAAAUCAACGGAUAUCUCGACGAUCAUCUCUUUAUCCUAUUGCGAAUAAACUCGGAAAUGUUCUCUCGAGAAGCAGAUGGGGAAGACAACUCACAUAUGACAUAUGUCAGUAUUUUGCGAUUUAUCAGGAAGGCCAAAAAAGGUUGAAUGCACUUUUAAAAAAUGCCUCUAAGAAUAAAAAAACAGCUCUAAGAUACAAAAAGAUGUCUGUAUCAUUGGAUACAUAUAAAAACGGAGUAUUAAAAGAAGCAAUGAUUACCAUCGGAAAUUUUCAUCGUUCCUCAUUAGAAAUGCAAAAAUUUUUUAUUUAUGGUAUCAGAAAUUCAUUCAAGGAAUCGUGGCAAAGCCAUUUAAAAAUUUUUAACUGUUUAUCAAAAUGGAUGAUGAAACUUUUGGAAUUAUUCGGAUGUGUAACUUCAGAUGAUACGGACGCUGAUGCAUCGAAUUUUACUGAUGUUUCGCCAAUUAAUAUGACAGACAGCAUAAGUGAUGAAAUUGACGAAAAUAAUGAAAUGAAGUAUCUUAUAACUUAUCGUAAGGAAGAUCAAAUAAGAAAGGAAAGUGAUAUUGCUUUUCAAAGACUAAUGCAUUCAAUGAAUGAUGUAAGUAAAAUGAAAAGCCAAAAUAAUAAAAGUACUUUAGCAUGUCUGGCAAAUAAUUUACUAUUGGUUACUAUAUUCAUGGAAACAAUUAGUUUUGUUUCUACAUUAUUCUGUUUGGGAGAGCAUAAAGAUGAAUCUAAUGUUGAAGAAUUGAAGGAAGAAUGGAAUUCACCAGAACGUGAACGUAGAUCAUUAUUUCUAAAAGAUUUUGCAGAAAUUGAUAUAUUUAAAAAAAUUUCUUCGGAAAUAUUAGAUGAUGCUUUUGAGAAAAUUACUGAUAUUUACAGAGAAGACUAUGUAAAUUCUGUUGAAAACAAAUUUAUACAUGGGAUAAAUAAUUCUUAUUUAAUAACGACUACUUUAAAAAACGAUAAGUAAUUUGUGAUAUUCUUAACGUAAUUAAAUACACGUGUAUAUAUUUGUUAUAUCAAAAAUUAAUUAUGUAAUAUGUGGAAAAAUAUUUUGUCAUAUC